AAUGUUUAUUUAAGAUAAGAUCCGAACGAUCGUCUUGUUCGUUUAAUUUAUGUACUUAUCCAGAAUAAUAAUACAACGAGUAUUUUUCCUUAAUUUCCACCAUACAAUCUGUAUCAAUCAAUGAUAUCUAAACCACGAGUUGAGUUGACUUUUUAAUCGAUCCUUAACAUUAUUUUCUAUAUUCAUAUGAUCAUUAUCCAUUCGGAUAGCCGAGCCCUUCCGGUUUAAUCCGAGCACGAGUUUAACUGAAGACGGAUAUACAUAUCUCUUUGGUCGGCUUACAUAGACGUCAGAACAGAAGUGAACAAAUGUAAAUAUUCGUGUUUACCCUUAACCACGACGAUUUACCAACGAUCUCUCUUCCCAUUUCCUUUUUUUUCUUUUUUUUUCUCUUUUUUCUUCCUUCUCUCUCUCUCUCUCUCUCUCUUUCUCUUUCUCUCUAUCUUUCUCUUUCUCUCUUUUUCCUUUUUUUUUCCUUUUUUCGAAGUUAACGAGUCAGUAGAAGUCAGUUCGACGUUACGUUCGAGUAGGGCAUGUGGCAAACAAUGUAAACUUGAUAAAACCUAAAAAGAAGGACGAAGUAUACGAAGUAUGUUGUAUAUGAACGGUCGAAGGAUUAAACGAAACGAUUGAAAAUAGCAUGCGUUCAUUAGAGUUGGAUUUUUUGGAAAAAAAAAAAUAUAUAUAUAUAUAUGCUUACUAAUAAAAUCUAACAUUAAACGUAGCGAAAUACAACUGUAUUAAAAAAAUGAUCUAUGUGGGAAUGAUCAUUUGCUUGAUGCUUAUGCCAACGAGAAUACAAUCAAAAUUCGACAAUAUUCAAAAGGGAAGGAUUGGCAUCGAGUCUAAAUUGAGCAUUGAAAUAACAGAGAAUUUCAAACGUAUGCUGAAUUAUGUGAGAAAUUCAAAGGAAUUCCAACCUUUUAUGAUUUCUUUACUUUUGUCCGAUACGAAAUCGAACGUGCUCGUGUCCCUCUUACAUCACAUGUCAAUCGAUUUUAUUCAAGGCUAUCGAAUAAGUGCCAAUGAUUUUCUUUCAUUAUAUACGUGGAAGGAUGAAGGACGUAUCACUUGGAUCAUACCGAUCGAUGAUUUAAACGAUCUCGAAGUCUUGAUGUAUUUAAACGAGAAAUUAUGGAAACCCAAUGAUCAAUAUUUGAUAGUUUUCGUUGGUGAGGAAACGUCGGGGAAUACAUGGAAAAGAAUUUUCGAUGAGCUCUGGAUAAAAUUUAAUGUAUAUAAAAUUUUAAUUACAACGAUUACCGAUCAGUUUCGUUGUUUCUUAAAUUAUCAUCCAUUCGAUGUCACAAGAAAAGCUUUUGGGAAAGUACAUAAAUCAUGUUUCGAUGAUAUCGAAGAAUAUUCUACGAAGAGAAGAAUAAACUCGAUAACUUCACUUCCAUCAGAUGAUAUAAGUUUCUUCGAAAAUUUCGAAAAUGUAAAUGGUUAUCCGAUAAAGGUUACCGUUUUUCCUUCGAUGAUGAUGUGUAUAGAAGUAGACGAGAACAAUGUCGUCCAUUAUACCAAAUUAGAUGCAAAUGUGAUGAAGAUGUUGGAGAGCAACUUGAACGCAAGUUUCGACGUAAAUGUAUUGGAUAAAAAUUCCGAUAUUGAUCCCUUUCAAAAAUCCUUACAAGAUAUUAGUGAUCGCAGGAGCGAGAUCAUAUUUACAAGCCUUUUUGUUAAAGCUUACAACGAUUCUUAUCUUUAUCAGUUUACAGCGGCCAUUGCCGAAGAUAAGCUUUGUUUUAUCGCACCGACUAAAGGUUAUUUACCAAAAUCAUAUAUGCCAUUUUUACCUUUCACGAAGGACCUGUGGAUGACCCUAGCAUGCUAUAACAUUUUCGUGACGAUAUUCUGGAUGAUCCUGAAAUAUUUGAGCUAUUCGUUUCGUAAUAACAAACCUAUUACAUGUUCUCUGGGGGAAACGUUCUCGAAUAUCCGUCGGGGUAAGCUUGCACGCGAUAAUAUCCUUUUGAAAAGAAAAAAGGAUAAUAUUAGUCGGAGGAAAAAUAAAGAACCACCUGAGAUACAUCCAUACGUUAUUCGUUGCACAGAAUUGAUUAUAUUAUUUUGUUAUCCUUUCGAAAAGGCUUAUACCCCGGCACUCAGAAUAUUUCUUUGUAGUUCGUUAUUAUUUGGACUUGUAAUAGUUGGACUUUACAAUAAUUGGCUAAUGUGGACUCUUAGCAAACCAUUGAGAUAUCCAGAAAUAAAUACUAUCGAGGACGUUGCCGAUUCGAAUUAUACGAUAGUAACGAAAUAUUUAAAUUUGAAAGAGGACACGUUUAUUGGGAAGGAUCCAUUGGAAACGAAACUGCGGAAUAAAAUCAGUGUUCUUAAUACGGAUAAACCAACGAAUUACUUCGUCGCCUUCGACAAAAGCGUUAUUGCUCUUGGUCGAUUUACAUCGACCAAGCUCGAGAAUUAUUCGAUUUAUUACGACGACGAUGGGAACAAAUUGGUCCACAUUGUCGAAGAGUGUCCAGUUACUUAUACGCUUUCAUACGUGAUCAGACUUAAUUCUCCUUAUACAGAAAAGAUCAAUACCUUGUUGCUAAGGAUUCAACAGUUUGGAUUUAUUAAUUUAUGGUAUGAGGAAAUGACGUACCCUUUAUUGGUCGAGGAUAAGAAAAUGAAAUUGGCAUUGAGCGAGAAAAAGAAGAAACUCACAUUGGAACAUUACUCGUUAGCGUUUCUUGGACUUUUUAUUGGCCUAAUCGGAUGUUUCCUCGUAUUUCUCGAUUUAGAUACGUUUAUUCGGAAAAUUCGAAGGAUUGCGAAUGGACCCUUUGCUGAACGGAUAACAAGCUCUGUGAUGUAUACACACACACGCGCGCGCGCACCCACACACGCACAUGUACGUAUAUACUUGUGGAUAUUUAUGUAUACUUCUAAUCACAAAAAUAUAUUGUAGUUUCAUCAAGAUCGAAAUUUAUACCAUAUUAUACGGAUAUAAUGCAGUACUUGAAUUUUUUUUUAUACUUGUAAAAGAAAUUUUAUUACGAUUUAGUUGUUAUAACGAUAUAAUUCAAUGAUUUCAACAAUUUUAAAUUAAAUUUUGUUCAUUCUAAAGAAUACAAAAGAUUCCCUCUUUUAAUGUAAAAUUUAACAAAACAAUUUCUCAUUAUUAUGUAAUUCGAGCAAGAAGUUUAUUCCAUAGAUAGAUAGAUAGAUAGAUAGAAGAAGAAGGAAAUAAUGUAUUCGUUAUCGUCUUCAUUUUAUCACUUGCAGAUAGAUUUGUAGUUACGUGGUCAUAAGGAAGAAAAAGAUAAAUAAAAAAUAUGAAUAAAGAUAAAUAUUAAGUAAAUAUAUUAUACAAAUUUUCUACGAUCAAACGUUUUAAUAUAAAAUUCAUUUAAUAAAUAUUGAUUGAAAUUUUAUCGAAUUGUUUUUUCAUUCAUACAUUCGACGUAAUAUGAAUUAAAUAAGAAUAUUGAGAUUUCAUUGAUGCGUGAUAAUUAAGAAACUAUUAUCAGAAAUAAUUAUUAUUGAAAUAUUUUGAUUUGAUUUUGCCAUUUUGAAAAUAAUUUCGAUUGUUGUACUUCAAAUAACAGAGAAUUAUUUAUUUCCUUGUAUAGGAUGUAAAAGAUUUAUAGGUAUUACGAUUAAAAAAAUUGUUCAACGAACAUAUGUUUAUCAAGAAAAGAAAAGAAGAAAAUAAAAAAAAAAAAAAUUGUAAACGUACAACUUAAAAAGGAGUAUCAUAU